AUGACCGGGAACGCUGGUCGGCGACAUCGUCCCUACGCCUACGACCAACCUGACACCCCGCUUCCUCGCCCACAAGGCUCAGCUUUACUUACAGCGAGGGAGGCUCGGGGUUGGUGGGUAGGAGGCGAGUGGAUAAACGCACCAGCCAAGAAUCCUUCAACGCGCGAUCGACGUAUUCGUCUGUCUCCGGUCAUCGUCGAGGACGACGGUGACAGUGACUGCUACGAGGUGCCCCCUCCUGUCCCAUGCGCAAGCCAUGCUGGUCGAAGCGUGGAGACUUUCGAUUUCAAUGAUAGCGGACAGGAAGUAACAUGGGUGACGAGUACACCACACAGCCGCCGGUUUGAGGCAUGUGGAAGGCCGGUGUUGGUCGAAUCACUUUCGCUAACAGCAGUCACUCAGCCGCGCUCCUUCGCCGACACCGCAGAUGACGAGCUUCUAUCAUACUUAGCUGGCCGGUCGAUCUCGAGAGGAUUCCUGGUCGAGAUUGAUCGGUUCUUCCGCAGCCACCCAGAGAUCGCCGAUUGCUCUGAGGGUCGUGAGACCAUUACGGAGCUCAACUCGUCAUCUCCGCUAGACGCAUACAGAUACUUCUUGCGAGGGUAUACUCGGCCGGCUAGGUAUGUCGACGGCGUCAUAAAGUCGGAGUACUUCAGUCUUCCAGCCAAUUAUCCCUACAGGCCACUGCGCACGAAGGUCGACCCUGAGCUCGGCGACUUUUUCCAAGGGUUCGAAUACAGAUGGGACAUCAUCGACCGCAUCGACUUAGCGGUCCGUGGAGGUAUUCAGGCACUUGCGCGGGGUCAGCCGGUGAACUCAGGCUUGCGUCGGCUGAUCUGCUACGCUGUUUGGGGCAACCCUUCAGAUGCCUACAAGUGGUACGAGUACCAGCUCCAGGAGGAGUACCUACCGCACCGCUAUUUGCCAGAGCACGUGGUGCUUGGACAUCUGCCAAAGCUCGCUGGCGAGGCUGGUGCACAACCAUCGUCGCUGCAUACCUCCCGCCGCCACGCGCGGGUAAGAUACAGAAUGGCGAAGGCGAAUGAUGAGGGGAUCGAUGUUCUCGAUGUCCUCAUGAAGGAGUUGAGGGCAGCGCUUGUUCGCAAAGGCUUUCGGCGCAUAGACAUCGACGAUAUUUACGAGCGAGGCAAAGAGCGGUUGGAACAUGAGCGGCGCGACCCGACAGGUGUUGACAUUGUCGACUUGAUCAUGGAUGAGGUGCCAGUACAACGCCCGGCGCCACGUCACGUCCACAGAAACCGAUACACGCGUCUCGUACCGAAUCAGUUCAGGUCCAAUGUCACAUCGUCGCGACAGACGCGCAGAGUAGGGGCAAACAAGCCCAAGACGGAUAAUGUGCUUCCUGCGCUGCGGGCACAAGCAGCCGAACUGCGGUCAGCGCGGACGAACCUUGAGCGCGCAUAUGCACAGGAGCAUAACAUUCAGAACCUUCCGUCACGAUGCACUGGCGUGACUUUUGACUUACUUCAAGUCACCGCGGCUCGAGCACGGGCUGAGCGUCGAUACGUCAACUGCCUCGUCCGGUACCUUCGAGACGCCAACCAGAUGAGCGCUACUGAAGCUAGGCAGUUACAGGGGAGCUUCACGAAGCACAAGAUGGCGAAAGGUGGCCUGAACAACUGCGCUUAUCUGCUUGGUAUGUAUCCAAAUGAGCUGAAGUGA